GUUCCGUGUAGACCGUGUUCGUGUUGAAUAUUGUGCAGAAUUAUUAUUAUUAUUAAUAUUAUUAUUUAUGUUACCAUAAAAUAUGAUAAUUCGACCAAACUAUACCAAUAAUGUUAGAUAAGAAAAAAAAAUGAUGUUAUUUUUGUUGAUAAUUUUUAAAUACCUACUACGCCUUUCCUAAAUCCGAACUUACUGUUACGUUAAACGUUAAACGACUUAAACUUAACUGACUUAGUAAUAAGUAUUUAGUAUUUACACAUAGUACCUAAUAUAUAUUUUUUUUAUCCAUUAAUAAUAGUCAAUAUUUAAUAGGUAUGUCUAAAUGGAAAUAUGAUAUGGAAAUAGAAAUGUAUCACAAGCAAUUAAAAUUGCAUAAAAGAAAAAUAAUAAUAAUAACUGCUAUUUUAGAAGAAUUACAUCAUACAAGGUAGUAAUAAAUAAGUUCGCAGACUUCAUUAGUAUUCUCAAUACAAUAGUAAUAGGUAUUGUAAAAUACUAAAAGCAUUUAUUUAUGCUGUAUUCUAUAUACUUCAAUCGUAAAAACAUUAUUUUUUUUUUUAAUAGCAGAUAUUUAUUUCUGUGUUUUAAAUCAUAAAUUACUAUAUUUAUAUAACAUACAAACACAAUUUGUUUAAUUCACUACUACCACUUCACACUCAAUGAAGUCAAACAGGCUAUCCAAAAAUACACCUUAAAUAAGUCCCUGGGCGGCUGGGCUAUGACCUAAUUACUGCUGAAGUACUGAAGUAGUUAGAUGUCUCCCCAAAAAAUGUUAUAGUACUUGUAACAUAUAUAUGUAUUUAAUGGAUGCUUGAGACUCUUACUUUUCAAUCUUAUACUAAUUUAAUGGAGUAUUCAAAUACCCACUUAUUUUUCAAUUCUUCAUGACUCAUGAGUAUUUAUUCUAAAUACUUUUUAAAAUUAUUUUAUCCUAGUCUUUUAAUUACCAUAGGUUUGGUUAUUUAAAGUAGUGACAUUAAUAUUCUGUCCUAAAUUGUUUUAUAUUUUGUUCCAUAGUAGAAAAACAAAUAGGUGGCACGUACGUCCAAUAUUUAAGGAAAGAAAAACUCAUGGACAUUACCACUGUCUAUUAGCAGAGUUUCAACUAUCAAAUUCUGCUAUGUAUUAUAAUUUUCUUAGAAUGAGCUCAAUAUGUUUUGAACACUUGGUUCAACUGAUUGGUCCAAGUAUACAGCGUGUACCAUCUCGGCCUGAUAUAUUAUCAGUUGGUGAACUUUUAACAUGUACUCUUAGGUAAAUUACUCAUAUUGAAAAUGUAUUCUAAUCAAGGUACUUUUCAAGCAAAUUUUUAAAGUUUAAUCUGAUAGAAACUGGUACAUUGUUUUAUCUUGUAGAUAUUUGGCCUCUGGUGACAGUAUGAUGGAUAUAGGUUAUGCCUUUAGAAUAGCACAACCUACAGUUUCAAAACUUAUUAGACAAUGCUGUACAACUUUAUGGGAUAUUUUAUGCAAUAAAGUAGUUACUUGGAAUUAUUUUUUAAAAUAUUUACAUGUGUCUAUAAUCAAGUAAAUUACUUUAAAUUUUAAACAUAUUGACUUCAUUAUUUUAAGGUACUAAUGAAACCACAAACUGAAAAUUGGAUAUCUAUAGCCAAUGAAUUUAAUAUGAAGUGGAAUUUUCCAAAUUGUGUUGGGAGUAUUGAUGGCAAACAUGUUGUUCAUCAGGCAUUUGCAAACAGUGGAUCUACUAACUACAACUAUAAAGGGACCCAUAGUAUUAUUCUUUUAGCUGUUUGCGAUGCAUCAUAUUGCUUCACUUUAGUUGACAUAGGAGCUCCAGGCAGAUGUAGUGAUGGUGGUGUUUUUAGAAAUUGUAAUUGGGGUAAACAAAUAAUUAAUAGAACAAUUGAUUUUCCUGAUGCUAUUGAAAUUGAUGAUGAAAAUGGUCCCAUACCAUAUUGUGUUGUUGCUGAUGAAGCAUUUCCUUUAUUAACAAAUGUUAUGAGACCAUAUCCAGGUAGAUCAAAAGGAAAUUUACCUGAAGAUCAAACCAUUUUUAACUAUAGGUAACAACUAAAAACUAAAAAGUAUUCAUAUAAAAGAUGUUAAAUUUAAAUAUAUAAAGAAAUCAAUUUAAUUAUUAGACUUAGCCGUGCAAGGCGUACUAUCGAAAAUGCCUUCGGUAUAUUAGCUAGCAAAUGGAGAGUAUUUCGAUCACCUAUAAUAGGAAGUGAGAAAACUGUUAUAGCAAUAACCAAAGCUGCAGUUGUCUUACACAAUUUUGUUAGAAUAUAUGAAAAAACUACAGGCGAAUCUCUGUACUGUCCAGUUUCAUUAGUUGAUAGAUACGAAAAUGGAAGACUUAUAAGAGGACAAUGGAGAAAUGAUAUAACCAAAGCAUUAACUCCCAUAGGUCAACAA